AGCGACAAGGAUAGGGCCAGCAAACCGAUACAAAAACGCGAUUACGAUUUAUAGAUCCCGAUACACGACCUACCUGUGAAACACGUCUGUACAGGACAAGUGCUAAUCCAACGUGAACAAGAGUGCCGCUCGUGUGACCAGUUGCAGGAAAUUCGUAUAACCGCGAUUCGACGUGUACUUGUUGGUGUCACGUUCCAUUCGUUUCGUUGGAAUAAUGGGAAACUUAAAAGGAGCAAGGAUCAGUCUCUUCAUCACUUUGUUGUCGGCAUGCCUCGUCACGGUACUCAUGCAAGAGGCGACGUACACCGCGCCACCCUUUAACCUUAGCAGGCAAAAGCGAGUUUCAGACCAGAGACUCGCCGAAAUAGAAACGCUGUUGAACUUGAAAAACGUCAUGGGAAAAUUAACGACAAUCCCCGUUGGAUUCGGCGUGGUGGACCCAGCGAAAGUAGGUCGUAGACGAAGAUCCUCCACGAACAAUAGAUUCCAGACACUGCAACGCAUCAUGCGCAUGAUAGCAAACAAUCCAGAAAUGUUCGUCGACGAAGAAAAGGUUCCACCUUUGCCAUUGAUGUUCGAGGAGUCUCGGGAGUACAACGGCGACGACUACCAAUUCAUUUAAUUUCAAAGUACGUCGUCGCGCCUGAUACAGGGCGGAAAUGAAGACAGUCGAGAGAACAAAACGCUUAAGAACGAAGAAAAAUAUAUACAUAUAAUCUCUCGACCCCUAGGUCACCUGAACAGUAUUACGGACCGUCCUCCGUCCGAGCUUACACUCUUUAAAGAACUUACACUACAUAGGAUACUAAGUAACCAAGGAAUGGAAGAACGCGACGAAGACAACGCAGAAGAAAAUUACGUGUGCACGAUGGCUCUUUUCAAAUAUCACAUUAGACUACGUUCUACUGUCUGCGUCGAUUUUCUUAACAUUCUAUUCGUUCCUGCACGAGUGUGUAUUAUCUAUUUCUAGUAAUUUAUUUAGCUAAUUUAAUUUAUUAUUUAUUUAUCGUAGAUGAUCAGACCAGUCAUCCUCGACCGCAACAUCAAUGCUAAUAAGAUUCGAUAUUACGCAAAAUCGAAAUUUUCCUUUUGUAUUUAGAUUUCGUUUCUCGUAAACGUUUCGAUUCGUUUUCGUUCGAAUGUCAUUCAAUCUUGAUGACGAUGAAUUGCAACUCUAUCGCUGAGGAUUACUGGCCUACAUCGUAAUCUGUUAAUUAAUCGCGCUACAUUCGGUGUCUCGACUGUACAUUUUGUUAGUUCUUCGUCCAAGUUAGGCGCAGUGGCCUAACGACUGUUAACGCAAAGUUGAAAUAGCAUAUAGAAAGUGUUAUGAAGUAUCAGAAGUGAAGGAUAACGAGUAUCAAGCCUCUGAGAAUGGGGACGAUAUAUAGAUCCAGAGUAUUUGGAAAUUUAAUCACAUUGAUAAUUAUUUCUACAAUUACCUUACACUCCUCUCGCCAGAGAGGAGUAAAAUUGUAUUCAAUUGUGUACAAAACCAGAGCAUAGUAAUUUCUUCGCGACGUUGGUUCACAAUUCCUCAUAAGAACGGUUAAUUUAUAUUUUAUUUUAUUUAAAUAGCAAUUUUUUCAAUCUCUGACUUUCGUUGCCAUUACCAGAGGCUUCACUGCGACUCGUUGUCAACAAUAUUGCGCCACUGCAAGAGAAAUGUAUUUAGAAGUAUUAGAAGACAGGUUUGCAUUUCAUGUUCAUUAUUUUCAUCACAGCGGUUCCCGAAUUGUGAUAAAUAUUUACUUGAAAAAUGUGAAAGAAAGACUCGAGACUGCGAUGCUUCUACGAUCUGAAAUGCGUUUAUUAUUAACGUAAGAAGAGUUUCAAAAUUUGACUACUUAAUUCAGAUUUUUUUUAUUCGUUAUUCGACAAUUUUCAUCUAAAUGAGAAUUUUACCUACUUCAGCAUGCAACAGACAUAACUUUUCAUUUCUUUAUUAUUUCUAUCCUUGACGAAAUUAUUUUGUAUAUUUUACGUUUGAUAGGCGAAUGAAUAUACAAUUAGGACGAAUAAUUAAAGCGAACGAUUCCGGAACUGCCGUUUCGAUGUUUAAAAGUCACCAUCAUUCAUGUUAAAUGAGAUUGCGUUAUUUAACAUUACAUGUGAGGUAUUUAAUUUAUGACUCUGUAAAGAUAAUUUACGGUUGUAUUAAAUUAUUGCUAUAGAGAGAAAGAGUUAUCGAUGUCAACUUCGAUGGCAAGUAAUUGGUAUCAACGACGAUCAAGUUGUUAACAUUAAUUACACGAUCUAUUCAUCGAAUCAGCGUUGAUCUCAGAUAUCGAUACGAUUGUAUUCAAUGCAACUGUAUAUCCUCGGAACAUUUUUUAUAUGUUAUUUAUUUAUUUAUUUACGUAAGUAUUUAUUUAUUUAUUUAUUUAAUUGUACAGAAACUAGACGAAGUAUUAAAGACACUGUCGCCUGUGAUGCGACUUCGAUGUAUCAAGCAACGCAUACGAAAUAAUUUCAAUGAUCUUACAAACCCUACGUAUUAUUUUGUUUAUUUCAAUGCAAUAAAAAUAGUAAUC